CCGCGCGCUCUCGCCGGGGAAAGCAGUCACAGGGUCGGCGCACGCGAGGCUUGGGCGCGCGCAGCCAGCACGCGGGCGAAAGUCCUGGGAGGCGCGGCGGGCGGUGCCGAGACACAGGCGCUGCUGCAGGAGCAGCGGCCCGCACCCGCCGCAGUGCCUGCCGCCGUUAGCGGCCCCCGCGCCUCCGGUGUCCCGGCUCACCGAGGGAGCCCCCACCCCUCGCCCGUUCCAGGAGUCCGCGCAAUGGCCCCGCGCAAGAAUGCCAAGGGCGGCGGCGGCAACAGCAGCAGCAGCAGCAGCAGCAGCAGCGGCGGCGGCUCUGGCAGCAGCGGCUCUGGCAGCGGCAGCCCGGGCGCGGGCACUAGCGGCGGCGGCGGCGGCAGCAGCCCCGGGGCCCGGAGAGAGACAAAGCAUGGAGGACACAAAAAUGGGAGGAAAGGAGGACUUUCUGGAAGUUCAUUUUUCACAUGGUUUAUGGUCAUUGCAUUGCUGGGAGUCUGGACAUCAGUAGCUGUCGUCUGGUUUGAUCUUGUUGAUUAUGAGGAAGUUUUAGGAAAACUAGGAGUCUAUGAUGCUGAUGGUGAUGGAGAUUUUGAUGUGGAUGAUGCCAAAGUUUUACUAGGCCUUAAAGAAAGAUCUACUUCAAAGCCAACAGUCCCACCGGAAGAAGCUGAGCCAUACCCGUGGCUGGAGGAGCAGGUCCCCGAGGAUUCAGGACUUCGGAAUAUUGAAGAUGAAGUAGAAGAACAAAUUCAGCCCCUUCUCCAUGAGGCAGUCUACACAGAACAUGGAGACGAUGUACAACAAGAAGAGGGUGGACAAGCGAGAGAACCACAACUGGAAGAUGAUGAUUUCCUCGUAGGACGUGAUGCAGAUGAUAGAUUUGAGUCCCUGGAGACUAGAACGUUUCGUGAAGAAACUGAAGAUAGUUACCAUGUAGAAGAGACAGCUUCACAGGCUUAUAAUCAGGAUAUGGAAGAAAUGAUGUAUGAGCAGGACAGUCCAGAUUCCACGGAACCUGUAGUAGGUGAUGAUGAAAGAAGGUACCACGAAGCAGAAGACCUUACAUACCAAGACGAUGAUGAACCAGUAUAUGAACCGUUGGAAAAUGAAGGGCUAGAAAGUUCAGAUAAUGUUGCAGAAGAUUCAAACAUAAUUUUAGAAGAAGAGCACAUGCCCCCUGCUGAAGAACAACAGGAAGUACCACCAGAAACAAAUAGAAAAACAGAUGAUCCAGAAAUAAAAGAAAAAGUUAAGAAAAAGAAGCCUAAACUAUUAAAUAAAUUUGAUAAGACUAUUAAAGCUGAACUUGAUGCUGCAGAAAAACUUCGUAAAAGGGGAAAAAUUGAGGAAGCACUGAGUGCAUUCCAAGAACUAGUUCGCAAAUACCCGCAGAGUCCACGGGCGAGAUACGGAAAGGCACAGUGUGAAGACGAUCUGGCCGAGAAAAGAAGGAGCAACGAGGUGCUGCGUGGGGCCAUCGAAACCUACCAGGAGGUGGCCAGCCUGCCUGAUGUCCCCACAGACUUGCUGAAGCUGACCUUGAAGCGACGCUCAGACAGACAGCAAUUUCUGGGUCACAUGAGAGGCUCCCUGAUUACCCUGCAGAAAUUAGUUCAACUGUUUCCUGAUGAUAUGUCUUUAAAGAAUGACCUUGGAGUGGGGUACCUCUUGAUAGGGGAUAAUAACAAUGCUCAGAAGGUCUAUGAAGAGGUUCUGAAUGUGACACCGAACGACGGCUUUGCUAAAGUGCAUUAUGGCUUUAUCCUGAAGGCGCAGAACAAAAUUGCUGAGAGCAUUCCCUAUUUAAAGGAAGGAAUAGAAUCUGGGGAUCCUGGCACUGAUGAUGGGAGGUUUUACUUCCACCUGGGGGAUGCCAUGCAGCGGGUUGGGAACAAAGAGGCAUAUAAGUGGUACGAGCUUGGGCACAAGAGGGGCCAUUUUGCAUCUGUAUGGCAGCGCUCUCUGUACAACGUGCAUGGACUGAAAGCCCAGCCGUGGUGGACCCCAAGAGAAACAGGCUACACAGAAUUAGUGAAGUCCUUAGAAAGAAACUGGAAGUUAAUCCGUGAUGAAGGCCUUGCCGUGAUGGAUAAAGCCAAAGGCCUCUUCCUGCCUGAAGAUGAAAACCUGAGGGAGAAAGGCGACUGGAGCCAGUUUACGCUGUGGCAGCAAGGAAGAAAAAAUGAAAAUGCCUGUAAAGGAGCUCCUAAAACCUGUUCUUUACUAGAUAAAUUUCCUGAGACAACAGGAUGCCGAAGAGGACAGAUCAAAUAUUCCGUCAUGCACCCAGGAACUCACGUGUGGCCACACACAGGGCCCACCAACUGCAGGCUCCGAAUGCACCUGGGCUUGGUGAUUCCCAAGGAAGGCUGCAAGAUCCGAUGUGCCAAUGAGACCAAGACAUGGGAAGAAGGCAAGGUGCUCAUCUUUGACGACUCUUUCGAGCAUGAGGUGUGGCAGGACGCCGCGUCUUUCCGGCUGAUCUUCAUUGUGGAUGUGUGGCACCCAGAGCUAACACCCCAGCAGAGACAGAGCCUUCCGGCGAUUUAGCAUGUUGUGCAGGCUUGGGACACACUGGAGAGAGGCUGCCUUGCUGGUUCUAUCUCCUUGGGUGUAGGGGUAGAGGUUCCGAGUCUGAGAGCCCUUCAUUCCCUUAACGGGCAGCUCCCAAAAUUCUAAGGCUUCUCCUAGGGUUAGAAGACACUAAAUGGAAUAUUUUGCCUUGCUGCAAUUCACGUAGAAAGCCCCCUGCUGUCCUUCAUCUCACGACAGCACCCAUCUGAUGCUGUAUUUCCAGUGAAGACACAAGAGCUUCUGCCUUGUCAGCCAAAGAUAUUUUUCCCACUUAGAAGAGGCCUGAAUCAGUGUACAGUGAGAAUAUAUGUAGAAACUGUGAAUGGAUCACUUUAGUAAUUUUUCUAUGCAAUUGUAUUUUUCUAGGGUAGGUAGGCCAUGUUUUUCAUCAUGUACCACUACUUUUUUCUUGAGUUUAAUAAUAAGCUAUGUAAAUGCUUUACUUCUAGCUGCUUAAUGGUGACUUCCCCCGUGAACUCAGACUUCCCUCUUUUAAUUAUUUUUAGUUAUAGACACUCAUAAAGAAGCAAUUUUAUUUUCCUGAUCCAAAGGAGAAAGAUGUAAUUACGCUGAUGUCUGUGAACCGUAUUGCUUCCCACCCACUGAGACUGUUUGCUUUCUUAUCUUCAUUGAAAGCCAUUGUCUUAAUGUCUCUCCUCACCAUGCACAUGGUAGAGAUGCUGUCUUUCCAAGAGGAGCUUUUCAUCCUGAAACAGGACAUGGAGUCAUUUUAUCUUGAGUCAUAAAAGUGCCACCUGUAAUUUUUUUUAAUGCCAAGAAUUAGAACGUGAAAAAAAAAAAGUAACAUUUCUCAAAGUAAAAAUUUUCUCUCAGGGUCAGGUAGAUAGGUAGCUGCUAGACAUCUGGCUCAUUGGCCUCUUUGGCAUCUGAGACAGGGCUGGAAUCCAGAGUCUCUUUGCCUAUUGUAGAUCCCUGUGAGCGAGGAGGUCCUUACAUGGAUCCCCAUCACAGCUUUGUAAAAAUAUGAAGGAUGGCAGAGCAGAAGACCAAGAAUGCCAGGGUCUUAGUCCUGGGUUUAGGAUUGCCCCCUUCUUUGAAAGAGUUUGGAAGACUCUUCCAUUUCCCUGGCUUGAGAAGCUUCUGCCAUUUAAAUAUAGCUUAGAAGUAGCAGUUGUUAUCCAUAGUUUAGCUUUAAUAUUAUCCACAGCAUAGAAAUAACAGUUGAAAAAAUGGUCUUGCCUACUUAUUCCAAAGACAAUCAAAUUAUUAAUUUAGAGGGGCAUUAAUGUAUUAAAUAUUGCAUGUUUCCAAUCAAACUAGAAAUGUUAGCUAUAUGAAUGUAAGGCUAUUCAUGCACCUGAAUUUUAAGCCAAUAUGAACAAAAAUACUGAAAAAAUGACACAGAGUUUACCAGAUUUCAUUCAGGGGUAGAAAAAAACACUUGUGCUUCCUUUCCAUCUAAGGACAAAGGAGGAUGCUUUCUCUAUCUCUUUUAAAAAGAGUUCUUUACCAUUGAAAGGUACCCUUUUUGCUUGACAUUAGCUUCCAUUUAGAAGGGUUUGCAAAAUAUUUGUCCUGUUCCCUUCUGUUUUGCCAAAAACAAUCCCACUAAUAUAGAUGAAGAAGCAUGUGAGGAAAGUCUCCAAAUUAAUUACCAAAGUCCAGAAGAAAAAGCAAUCUCUUGAAAAAUCAAAAGGUGUUGUGUCCUUCAGUAUUUAUUGAACAGAAGAAAUGACUGACAAAGGACAAUACAAUCCAAUGCUCAUGUAAUAACAUCCAUGUCACUUAUUGAAUUUGGUUCUUGGAUGUAUAUUGCAUACACUUUGUAAAGAAAUUUAAAGUAUAAGUUGUCAAUGUUAAACCAUCAUCUUACAUUCAUUUAAUGAAAUCAUGGCAUAGAGUAAAAACUAGCUCUUAACUUAAUAAUUAUAAUAUGGUAUUUAAAAUCAGGUCACUACAGUAGGAUUCUAAAUAUUGCCAAUUGAAAAGCCAGAAUUAUUACUGUUGCAAAGUGUUGGCAAUAAUCAACUCCAAUAGCAUUUUAAAUACUUGGAUCCCACAACUAUUUUAUAAACCCAAGUCAUAAAAUGGAUUUUCUAAUUCACUUUAAUUCUUUAUCUUUCUUCCCUGUGUCAUGGAAUAUAAGAAAAGUGUUUCAGUCACCGCAUGGGUAGAAUUAUCUCAAGGUUACUAUUUUGUUAUUUGAAAUGUCUACACAAAAUGAAUGGGUUUUAUUUAUACCAUGAUACAAUCGGUUGAGAAAUAUUUUUAAUUCUAUUUCAAUUUUAUUUCAAGGGUGGAAUACAAAAAUUACUUCUCUUAUUCUCCUCUGCCAGUAGAAAAAAAAAUUAAAACACUAGAUUCAUUGAGAAAGAGAUGUAAUAAAUGGUUAAGAUUAGUAAUAAUAUCUACUGAGGGUGAUUAUGGCCAGUCGAAUCACCUCUUUUCUCUGAAUUUUUUAGCUAACCCUCCCAAAUCCUGAAAACAUAAAAUCAUAUUUUUCUGCCCAUUAUCAACUAAAAUAUUUUUUAUUUGACAUUGAGCACCAACUGGUCCUACUGAUAAAUGCCCAUGUCAUAUGGAUGGCUGGGAAGAUAAGAGAUGCCUUAAAACACACAACUGGUUUCGGGAAACGUGGCACAAGUAAGGAUAUCUUAUCCUGUGUUAUCUGUUUAUUUAAUUUCCUUUGAAUGGAUAGUUGGGGACUCCAUUUCUAAGGAGAAUAGACAAAGAAAUAAAAUGAUCUUUGGCAUUUUAUCCCGCAUUCCUAAUCUCUAAUGGUCGGUACUUGCAUAUUUAGCCAUCGUUAAGGGUCUUCCUCCAUGAUUGGUACCUACCCUCUCGGCAACAGCCAGCUCCUUUCUCCAUACCUUUAGCUGGUUGUGGGAGGGUGGGGGAGUUAAAUGCUUUUGUAGCACUUUUCUUGCCUGUAGUGACCCAAGUGAGGCAAUUUGAAUGGAGCCAUUAAUCACUGACAUGUGUUUUCGAUGAGGCCCUGCCCCUGCUCCGCAAUCUCAUGUUGCCUGUAGGAAGUCACAUUAUUAAGAUGAAAUAAUCGUAUUUCAAGUUGUGUGUGUCUUCUUUUAAAGUCAGAUCAUGGUAAUCAGCUGGUAGCCUGACAAAAGAUGUGACGUCAAAAUAAUUCUUGCAGGAUCUCAAAAUAAGCAAACUCUGCAAAGAGCCAGACCUAUAAGAACAUGCCCUUGGGCGGAACAAUUCAAUGCUGGUGAUGAGGUCAAAGAAAAUAAUUCAAUAAGAAUGGAAAUUCCUGGAGAUACUACUGUCUUGGGGCUUUGCACUACAUUGAGCUUGACAAUUGGGUCUGCAGUUUCAUUCUCAUGUAUCUACUUGGAAAUGCACUUAAUCUUAAGCCACAAAACCUGGAGAGGGUCUCUGCGGUACCUCAGAAAAAUCCUGGUACGAAUGCAUCAAAUUGCAUCAAAUGUGUGCAUCAAAUUUAGUUUUUCUUUUUUUCAAUUCAUUUAAUACCAUAAAUAUGGGGGAGGAAGAAUCAUGUUUACAUGACUGCCUUGCUUCACCUCCAGUCCCCUCGCUGAAAGAAACAAAACCAAAAGCAUCUCUCAAGUCCUUGUUCAAACUUUGGCAGCUCAGACCAAUGGCUGGUGACAGUUAUUACUAGAAGUGGCAGAAGUAGAGGGCCUUGUGUCAAGCGGAACGCACGUGUCUGUGUGGGUCAGUUGCUCAUGUGCUUCCUGGGUGGCUGAUACCACUGAAGGCUGGCGAUCUGCGAGAGCAUGGGGUGACUCGGGGUUCAGUCCAGAGCCAGGAGUGGCUGAGUGUUCUCAUUCUCUCCCUUCUCCUCAUGUUUCAGGGUCCCAGCUUCUACCACAGACUGAGAUCUAAUAAUAGGGGAAGAAGAAAGAUACAAUUACAGACAAUUCAUGGUGGCAACAAUUUUGGAAUCUUGGAGAACAUUCAGAUUUUAUGUUCCCCUUAUUAAUCAAAACACUCAGAUUAACUAUAUAAUUUUCCUCCUUUUGGUAUCUCUCUUUUCCUUGCUUUUUUGCCUUCUACAUCACAUAUUUGUGGGGAGAGGCAUCUUAGAAACUUCUUUGCCGAGAUCUCUUCUGUUGGCAAAAGCAACACAUGUUCUAGCCACAACUCUGCCCCGAUGUCUAAACAUUCUGUGGAUCGUGAGAUCAAAUCAAAUAAAUCUUGUUGGAUUUUUUUUUAAUGUUUCAAAAUACUUUUUAGAGCCUUUGUUUCUCAACGUCAUAGGAAACUAUCAUGCAUGAUGUUAAGACCAUGAGGUUUGGAAUCAGAUCGGCAAAUGCAAACUCUGCCCUUUACUGGCUGAGGGACCUUGAGGGAGUUCUUAAAACUCUCUGGACCUUCACCCUCUCACCUGUAAAAGAGAACUAUUACCUCCCUCCCAUGGUUGUUGAUAAGGCCUGAAACUAAUAAUAUUCAUAAAGCAUUUGGCAUGUAAUUUUAGUUAAAAUUUGUGGAGCAUUCUGUUAUCACUGUUAUUGCAAUGAUAGUAGUGAUCUUUAGUUUCUGAUAUGUCCUCUCAAUUGGAUAAUAACAGUUUCUUUUUUGGGUUUACAACGUGGAUUGAAACUGAAAUUAUUUUCCAGCUCAUAGAGAGAAGGUUAUAAGAGAUAUACAUGUGGUAAGCACUCAAUAAAUAUUCACAUACUAAAAAAAAGUA